AUGGAAAACUUCCAGGGAAAAAGGUUGCUGACCACAGCUCAGAACCCUGAAGAAGAAAGGCCCUUCUGCACAGCUCUCGCCAUCUACAAGUACUCUGCUCCAUACCCUCCAUACAUAUUUCGUAACAAGAUGCUCAGGAAAACAUCCUGGAGGAACACUGUCAGCCAUGCAGUGAGUUCAAACCAGGACCAAGCCCUCAACACAACAAUGCUACUGCUCAAGUCCUAUGGCCCGACAGCAUUUCUGCUCAGAGAGGAUGGAGAAACCCGAAACUUCAAGCUUGGACUUGUGGAGAGACAGCUCCUGGAGCUGUUCCAGGGUUUACACCAAAGCAAAACCCGCCGGACACAUCAUGACCCCUUUACUGCUUCUGGGUCCCUGGUCCCGGUCUCAGGCCAGGAGGCUGGAAGCGUCUGCCGGAAAAUCAUUCAAGCCCAGGAUGUGUGUCCUAUCUGUCAAGAGGAGCUGCUGCAGAAAAAGCUGCCUGUGUGUUACUGCAGGUUUGGCUGUGGCAACAACGUGCACGUCUCCUGCAUGAAGGUGUGGGCGGACCACCAGAAACUCCCCGACAAGCUGGACACGGUGAAGUGUCCUCUGUGCAGAGAGGACUUCAGCUCCUUGAAGCUGCUCGACGAGCAGGUGAAGAACACUGCAAGGCUCUUCACAGCGGCUGAAAGAGAAAAGCCAGAGAGACACCUGGGAGUGUUCUGCCAGGGCUGCCAAGUCCGCCACAUCACCGGCAGAUGCACAGUUUGCAAGUUUUUCCAUCUGUGUGAGGACUGCAGCAAGAGGGGUUGCCACCCACAGCACCCGCUGGCUUCAAGAACGAGUGUCCUUCGUCUCCUCCUCAGCAUGGUCUCGGUGGCUGCAGACACCCUGUCAGAAGACGUGCUGGAGCGGCUGCCUGCAGUCAGGGUGAGAUCGGGAUCUCGUCUCUUGGAUGAGGGGCUGCAGUGUCGAAUCUGUCUGCAGAGUUUCGGCCUAGGCCAGUUGGUCCGAACCCUGCCCUGCCAUCACAAGUUUCACAUGGACUGUGUGGACCGGUUCCUGCGGACAUCAAACUCCUGUCCCCUGGAUGGAUAUGUUGUUCAUAGUCCCUUGAAUUGGAGAUGCAGUGACAAGACCUCUCAUAAGAGUUCCUCCCACCUUUCCAAUAAUUGGGCCGAGCCGGUGGAAAACAAGUUGAAGGACCUGUUUGUUCCAGGAGUGGCGCUGCAGGCCACACAUGAUGCUAAAGUCUCCCCUGCAAAAAUGGCUCUAAACUUAGAGGUCAAGACAGAUCCUUCAAGACCUUUAAACAAGACUGAAAGGUUUACAGCUGAGAGACUUAAAGUUUUGUGCAUCACAGGGACAGGGCAUGCCUCGAAGGCGGCACACAGCGUACCGCUGGAAAAGACUCUUAGUCAUGGGGGGCAGCGUGUCUGCAAAGGUUUCAUUAACAAGAGGCCAGCCAAUAUACGGCGUUCUGAAGGGACAAAAGUGAAAGAGGUGAGCCUUUUUGUCGGUUCCAGCAGACACGAGGCAGACCACGCGGCUGCUGUGACUACGCCUGCCACGUGA